GAUCAAAGGCGAUGGGAUGUGAUGGGCUGGCGCUUGUAUGGCGAUUUAGUGGGGACCGGCCAUGGCUACCGAGAUUUUGAGCCAUGGCCAGAAUGGGACAAGCCCUUGGCAAAUUGGAUCGACAAGUAUCCUGAUCCCAGUUUCGAAGCAAAG